CAAUACACCUUUUGUGAAAGGGAAAAUCUUAACAGAACAUUUAGUUGGGGAACUAAAGCGUAGACUUUUUGUCCUGUUUUUUUCAGAUCCACCAAAUCCAACCUCCUCAAAAAGCAAGAAACACGCACAAACAUGUUAUAACAAAAGACACACACAACACAAAGCUUUCUUUUUCAAUUCUCUGCUUCAAAAGUCAAACCAAGUUGGAUGUUCAACGGUGGAAAUGGACCGACUACCGUGGAAGGAGGAAGAAGAAGCGGCGGUUGGCGGUGGAGAAAGUGGACCGCCGCAAAGACCGAAUUUAAUCCUCCCGCCACGUACGGACGCCUUUUUCAGCGGCGGUUUUAGCCCCGGUCCUAUGACUUUGCUCUCUAAUUUAUUGACUGACGGUGAUGACGGCAAAUCCUUCUCUCAGCUUCUCUCCGGUGCCAUGGUGUCUCCGGUAUCCGCCACCGCUGGCGCGCUUGAUUCACCUGGCUUCUUUUCACAUCCUCAGGUGUCCUUUGGAUUGUCACACCAGCAGGCACAGGUCUCAUUUCAAGGAGAACAAUCCAACACAGAUAUGUAUAACCAAGCUGAACAUUCAUUGUCUGUAUCAGCAUCCACCGCAUUCACCACUCACGCUCCUCCUUCCGGACAAAGGUUGCAGUCUUCUUCGUUGAAUGUUGAUAAGCCUGCUGAUGACGGUUACAAUUGGAGGAAGUAUGGACAGAAACAGGUGAAAGGUAGCGAGUUUCCUCGAAGUUAUUACAAGUGCACACAUCCUAACUGUCCUGUCAAGAAAAAGGUUGAGCGGUCGCUUGAAGGUCAUGUAACCGCGAUUAUUUAUAAAGGAGAGCACAAUCAUCAACGUCCCAAUCCUACCAAGCGGCCGAAAGACACUAAUGACAAUUCAAAUAUGCAAGGGAAUGCUGAUUCGUCUUAUCAACGAACGUUUACAAACUCAACGUCUAUGACGGAUCCCGAAUCCAGUCACACAACAGGUCAACAUCUAUCUGGAACGAGCGAUAGUGAGGAAGUAGGUGAUCGUGAAACUGAAGUGGAAGAGAAAAGAGUUGAGCCUGAUUCUAAAAGGAGAAAUACAGAAGUUGCAGUCUCAGAUCCAAUAGUUUUGUCACAUAGAACUGUCGUGGAGCCUAGAAUCAUCGUGCAAACGACUAGUGAAGUUGAUCUCUUAGAUGAUGGUUAUAGAUGGCGAAAAUAUGGACAGAAAGUUGUUAAAGGCAACCCUUAUCCUAGGAGCUAUUACAAAUGUACAACACCGGGUUGCAACGUUCGCAAGCAUGUAGAGAGGGCUUCGACAGAUCCUAAAGCAGUCAUAACAACAUACGAAGGAAAACAUAAUCAUGAUGUUCCAGCAGCUAAGACCAAUAGCCAUACUUUUGCCAACAAAAAUGCUUCACAGUUAAAAUCACAAAGUACCAUUUCUGAGCAGCCUAGUUUCGCCAACAUUGGUAGUGUCGGCGGCAAUGAGCAACAACCUGUUGCGCGUCUAAGGCUGAAGGAAGAGCGGAUAACUUAAGCGCCUAGAUUAAGGCUUGAAGAACGGGUAAUCUGAUAACUUGUAUCACAAGGGAUCUUUAUUUAGAUGCUUUAGUGGAUUUUCUUUCGGUCUUAGGCUAAAGUUUUGAUCAAUUCCUCAUGGAAGAGUUAAAGGAGAACAAAGUUUAAACCAAAAAAGAAAAAGGUUGGUGGAGAGAACAAUAGUUUUGGAGGAUGCUGUACAAUCUGUGCCUUGUGUGUACAUUAUAAGCUUUUUUUCUUCUUUAUAUCAUAAAAUAUAAGUUAUGUUGUGUAACAAUUAUUAAUAAUUUUAUCAUCUAAUUCCUUGCUCAAUGAUAUUUUUCCAAGGAUGUAACAAUUUUGGAUCAUAUAAUAAAUUGCAUUAUAUAAGCUCCUUCCUGAAUCCAA